AGCCGGCGGCUCGUCCGUACCUACCAGCUGUACAGCCGGACCAGUGGGAAACAUGUGCAGAUCUUGGACAACAAGAAAAUCAAUGCGAUGGCAGAGGAUGGGGAUGUGCACGCCAAGCUCAUUGUGGAGACGGACACCUUUGGGAGCCGUGUGCGCAUCAAGGGGGCGGCCACAGGUUUCUACAUCUGCAUGAACAAGAAGGGGAAGCUGAUUGGCAAGAGCAACGGCAAAGGCAAGGACUGCGUCUUCACAGAGAUUGUCCUGGAGAACAACUACACGGCGCUGCAGAACGCUAAGUACGAGGGCUGGUACAUGGCCUUCACCCGCAAGGGACGCCCGCGCAAGGGCUCCAAGACACGGCAGCACCAACGGGAGGUACAUUUCAUGAAAAGGCUUCCCAAGGGCCACCAGACCACCGAGCCCCACAGACGCUUUGAGUUCCUCAACUACCCCUUCAACCGGAGAAGUAAAAGGACUAGAAACUCCAACUCCAGGGCAGGUCCUUGACUUGCCUGCCUCUGCCCACCCUGCCUACACCUCUCCUGGAGGACUCUUCUCUGUUUGGUGGACUAUAUGUAGAGACUUUCCCAUAUGGGUAUUAAAAAAAAAAAAAAAAGGAGGGGGAGGAUAAAAAAAAAUACUUGCUCUAGUUGUUGGUAAUUUUGUGGGGGGUUGUUUGGUUUUACAAAAAAAAAAAAAGGAAAAAAGAGAGGCUCUAUUUUUGUACUCCAACUUGAAAAGAAAUGAAACCUUCAAAGACUGGUGAAGGGGGAAGAGCCCUUCACUUAGAAAUGUUCUAGUCUGUUUUUGGGGUCGUGUUUUAUUUUGUAAUUAUUUUUUUUUUUUUGUAGCUCUAGAGGGAAAAGGAGAAAAAAAUCGUUUAAAACAAACAAGCAAAAAAAAAUGGAAAUCCAAAUCUGGGAGUGAUGUGCUACUUACAUGAACUGAAUUAACACUUACUGGAGAAGAUGGAGAGGUUGGAAAACAAUUAAGGGGAGAGGAUUUAUUUCAGAGGUGGUUGGUGGCCUCCUGGCUGGGUUUUGCAGCCGGGGUGAUGUGUGGGCACUGCCCAUGGGGCCUGUCUGUGAUGCCCAGGGUGAGGACUGCUGGAUGCUUUCCUUCCUCAGAGUGCCUACUUCUUCCGCUGAGCAAGGGGUUGCUGGAAGCUGCUUGCAUCCUUCUGAAAACACUGCUGGCUUCCCAACUCCCAGCUUAUUUUUUUUCUCAGGAGGGGACAGGGGUGAUGGACGCCCCACAGAAAGUCCUGAACUGACUUGGUACCUCUUACCCACAAAAGCAUCUUUGGCAUUUGUUUUGUUUUAAACUACUAAGGUGAGGCAGUGGGUGACGGCUGCCGUGGAGCGGGCUGGUAACUGGUUUUUGGGUUUUUUCCCUGUGUGGAAAAUGUGAACUUCUCACCAAAAAUUGACAUAUUUUUUUUCUGUUUAUUUUUUUUAUCAGAUGGAAGCUUUCAUCCAUAAAAUUAAAAAAAAAAGUUUACAAAUUACUGUGGAGCCAUUUUGGGCUGGUUUUGUCAUAAUACUCAGUUUGUGGUUGGCACUUCCAUUGUCAACCUUCUCCUCCAGGUUUGGUCUUUGAGAACUACCACUGUCCUUGUUCUAGCAAAGGAGAGGUUUUCUUUCAAAAUUUCUGUAUUGACAGAAGCUCAAUUUUCUAUUUAGAAAAAAAAAACAACCCCAAAGGAAACAUUAAAUCUCUUGAGUGAACAUCCCCAGCCAGCCCCGCUCUGCACAUGCUGCCCUGGGACUGUGACUCUCUCCAAAGGGUUAAAGCAAUUAUUCUUCAUGGGGAGGGCAAACAAAGACACUGGAUAGGAGCCAGAACCAGGGGUGACUUUUCAUCUAAUCUUUCUUGAUUGUUUGGUUUUUUUUCUGUUUCCUUGAGGAUUUUGGGUGGUUUUUUUUUUGUUGUGUACAAAUUGAAUAUGAAAUGAUUGAAAUAUUUAUUUAAUAUGUGCAUUAAAAAUUUGUAUUAGUCUAACUGAGCCUGAUACUUUCCAGGGCGGGCUGGAGAGGCAGGUUGGAGAGGGGUGAAGGAGGACAGCGAGGAGCAGAAUGGGGCCGAGGCGGCUGCUGCUUGGUGUGAAUCCCUUCCCAAGGGAGCAGAUGUGGGAAGUGGGAGGAUGCCUCAAGAUCUUGGACCCAGAUGAGUCUUGUGGAAAUCAGGGUUUUCCUUGCACAAAAUUCCAGGUUUA